AUGGCUUGUGGAAUAAAAAGAUGUGACGAUGUUUCUGUGAGUGAUGAAGAGUUUCAGGCGAAAUGGACUAGAUUUUCCGACUGGCUGCACUGUAUAUGUGUGGUAACGUUCGAUUUAGAGCUCGGUCAGGCAAUGGAACGGGUAUAUCCGCCCGGGGUUAAGUUGUGUGACCAAGAGAAAUCCAACAUUUGUUAUUUGGCGUUCCCGGAUUCGAAUUCUGGAUGCAUGGGUGACACUCAAUUUCACGUCCGAUUGCGUUCGUGUGCUCCAUUAACAAAUCAGCAAUCGAUAUACAAUGAAGACAGCGUAUCCACGCUUCGCGCUGACUCGACGCAUUACUGGGGCUUCGUUUAUUUUCGUCAGGUCAAGGACCCGACCUUGCCUCGGGGCUACUUCCAGAAGAGCAUUAUAUUACUUACGCGCUUGCCAUUUAUUAACCUGUUCUACAGAGUCAUACAUUUAAUAGCUCCACGGCAUUUCGAAGGUGGCGAAAGCAGCUUGGAGGCCGCUUGUCACGAUAUAAAUAGAUGGCCGGAAUUGAACGCAGGUCAAAAUGCACUCUUACCAGUUCUUGGUACCGUUUUCCAAUCCUACAUUCCCAAUCAACAGACGGGAAAAGUAUCACGAUCAGAUAUUGUUAAGCAGGUACAUUCGCCUAACAUUCCCCAUAUCGUAGUUUGUAUACAGGACGUAAAUGUUUUCGAUGCGCUUUCGAGUUUAAUAUCACAUCUACAUUUACUGUGGGAGUUAGUUUUAACAGCAGAACCAAUAGUUGUAAUGGCUAGUUCUCCUACAGAAUGUUCAGCUUUAGUGCAAGCAUUGACAUACUUAAUACAACCCCUUCCAUACUCAGCAGAAUACAGACCAUACUUUACAAUACAUGACAGUGAAUUCAAGGAAUUCACUAGGAAACAGUACAAUCCACCUUAUGUAAUAUUAGGUGUGACCAAUCCAUACUUUACAAAAACAUUGCAACAUUGGCCGCACACUAUCAAGCUGGGUGACUCAACGUCAAUUAAAACUAAGUUAAGGAAGGUUGGCAGUAUUAAACAAUUAGAUUCUGCACCGGGAGUCUAUACUCAAUACAAACCAUACUUAGAAAAAGAUAAGGCUAUAAUUAAAAAGUUACAUAAUGGUAUGAGAACAGAUCGACCCUCAGAAGUGCAGACUGCAAUGGUUAAAAGACACUUACUUGAGUUGACACAGAGCUUCAUGAUUCCUCUGGAACGGUAUAUGGCAUCACUCAUGCCAUUGCAGAAAAAUAUUUCCCCUUAUAGAUCCCCACCAGUACCGAACCCAUUUAAUCCAGAAGAUUUUUUCACCUCCCUUCAGCAAGCAGGGCCGCAACUGACAUCUGGUAUCAAGGGUGACUGGAUAGGCUUGUAUAAACAUUUUUUCCGCACCCCUAACUUUAGUACAUGGUUCCACGAACGCCAUAGUGACUUGACAAAUAAGCUACAGGCUUUGCAACUGGAAGCUCUUGCAGAGAGUGAUCUAAAAAAGUGGUCAGUGGGUAAAAAAGAGGUUGAAAUAGUAGACAUGGUCUUGAAAUUGCGAGAUGUGCUGAAGAAUAACCCACCAGUAGCAGACAACACCAGGACGUUACUGGCUCGGCGGUUGGACGAUUUAAAUUGUGUUCUAGAAGACGACAUGAAGGCGAUUUUAAAUGCGGCGACGUGA